AUGAACCAACGAUCAGUUCAAUCUACACCCUACAGCUAUAACAACAUACGAUCAGCGAUCAACAAUGGCACUCAACUUACGUAUCUUAUUUUAUAUCACAAUUGUUGCUGUAUAUAGCAGCACAAGUGCAAAAAAAUCUUCACCGAAAGCGGGCGAACACUCGGUAGACGACGAAUUGUUUCCUAUCUACGAGUGUGACGAACGAAGCCGGGCCUGGACCGUUCGUUGUCUUGUACCGUUGACCAACGCGCAAUUGUCAGUCGAUCUGUGCAAAACCGGUGAGAAUCCCGACCAGCAAUUUCUCGUACGUUGCGCUAAGGAACUGCAAAUCCUCAGCCAAUCCUGUCCUCAACCAGUGGCGCUGGCAGAUAUAGCGAAAAAUAUGCAGGUUCACAAACCACCCCCGUUGCCGUACGAUUCACCCAACAUGCCAAAAGUUCCAGGGCGAGCUAGUAAUAAAAAGGAUAAAUUCUCCCUCUAAUUACCAAACGAGACAUGUUGCAAAUUAAGGAAUAAAAUAUAUUACGCCGAGCAAUACUGC